AUUACUCAAGAGGAUAAACCUCUUUCAUGUUUCAUCAUUCACCAUUCACCAUCUCCUCACCUCAGCAUCACCUUCUUCAUUUAAACUGCAAUAUCUCUGCGUUGAGUAGGGGUUUUCAAUAUGGCCACAAUUUCAACAUCCAUUGCAUCAUCAUUCAAACCCAUUUCUACAAAAUCAAACCCUAAUCUUCCUCAAACCUGUUUCAGAUUCCACCUUUCAACCACUAGACAACCCACAAGACUUCUUUGUGUUGCCGAAGAAACGUCGGCGACAAUUGACCCCACAUCGGAAGCCGCCAAGCGACUAUAUGUCGGUAACAUUCCUCGUACCACAACCAUUGAUGAACUCCAGAAGGUGUUUGAAGAACAUGGUGCCAUGGAGAAAGCUGAGUUUUUUUUAGUGUGAUGACAUGCAUCUGAAUGGUUGAUUUUCUUGGAGGUAACGGGUUGUUUUUUAGGAGAUGCAGUUGUGGAAUGGUCAUGUAGUUUCGGAGUGUGCUGAUGAUUUGGGGCUGCAGCACAUACCCUUUAAAUAACAACACACCAACGGCUAGAUACAUAAAAUAAGCGGCUAGAAGAAGGAUACUAGAAAUCAAGAGGAACAUGUUGUUUGUAUUUAUGUUUGUUUGUAUUCAUGUACAAGUAAUCGAAGCACAAACAAAUGUGUUAUCAAA